AGUCAAGGCAGUAGAAGAGUGAGCUUUCAGGAUGAAUUUGGAAAAAACCCUACUUGUUUUUUCGGCAAUAUCACUUGUUUGUACGGCUACGCAUUUUCUUGAUGAAGAGUGGAAGAUUUGGAAAUCAAAAUAUGGAAAAACAUACAGCGAUGAGCAAGAAGAAAAUAUUCGUAGACAAAUCUGGGAGAAAAUCUGGGACAAAGUCCAUAACCACAAUGCUUUGGCUAAGAAGGGAUUAAAGAAUUACACUCUAGCUGUGAAUCACUUUGCUGACAUGAUACCUGAGGAACUCUCCUUUAAAAGAGGAGUGAAAUGUCCAAAGGCAAACACUCAAAAAGCAUCACCCCUAAAAGCCCCCAAAAACUCCUGUAUGAAAAACAGUAAUGUUCCUGAAGAGGUGGACUGGAGGAAUUCUGGGUGUGUCACUCCUGUUAAAAACGAGGGCACAUAUUGUGCACCAUCCUGGGCUUUUGCAGUGGUAGGACAUCUUGAAACCCGUUACUGCCUCAAACACAAUGAGCUGUUGAGCUUCAGUGAGCAACAGGUGGUAGAGUGUGAUCCCGGGAAUGAUGGCUGCUGUGGAGGGAACCCGGAAGGCGCCUUUCAAUAUGUGAAUGAGCAUGGACUCAUGCUGAGCAAGGAUUAUGAAUACACCGACACGACUUUUUCCUGUUUGUACAAAAAUAAAGAUGCAGUAAAUUUAAACAUAACAAAAUACUACAGAUUGACUCAAAAUGAGGACAACAUAUCUAAGGCUGUGGCGUUUGAUGGACCAGUUGCAGUUAGUGUUCACAUCAGUAAAGAUUUCCUUCUGUAUGAUGGAGGCAUCUUCGGAAAUGAUGAUGAAUGUUCUGAAGAGAUAUUACAAUCAAUGGUUAUCAUAGGGUAUAAAUCCCACUGUGAUACACAUUAUUGGUUACUGAAAAACAGCUGGGGCAGUGAAUGGGGUGAAGAUGGAUUUGCAAGAAUUGAUAUCAAAGGCAGCUCGUGUAUAAAAUUAAUUGCUGCGGUAGCAGGAGAUAUUGGUGGCCCCAACUGAAACAGAAUUACUCAGCCUUUUGUCCUUUUUAUGCAUGGUCAUCAUUAAAGCUCCUACAUUGUUUCAUUAUGGUGGAUAACAAUUUAGAUAAUGUAUUAUGUAUUGGUACAUUUCCUUCAGUUUAUUUUAAUUUCAUGUUAUAAAAGUCUGCUUGAAAAAUGUAAACAA